GGACCCAAAGAGAAGGCGGAAGUGAAGGCCGAUUCCUAGUCCCCGGCAGCUGUAAGGCUGAAACCAAAGUGGGGUGCUGUCCUGGAGCUGCUGGUUUGUCGCUUGUUAAAUAUCACCGAGCUCUCAGUAUCAGGACUGAACUAUACAAUUUAGAAAAAUGGAAGCUGACGCGUCUGUCGACAUGUUUUCAAAAGUCUUGGAGGACCAGUUGCUUCAGUCGGCCAAGCUAGUAGAAGAACAUCUGGAUUCUGAAAUUCAGAAACUGGAUCAGAUGGACGAGGACGAAUUGGAACACCUCAAAGAAAAGAGACUUGAGGCACUAAGGAAAGCUCAACAGCAGAAACAAGAGUGGCUUUCUAAAGGACAUGGGGAAUACAGAGAAAUCCCUAGUGAGCGAGAGUUUUUUCAAGAAGUCAAGGAGAGUAAAAAAGUGGUUUGCCACUUCUACAGAGACUCCACAUUCAGGUGUAAAAUACUAGACAGACAUUUGGUGAUACUCUCCAAGAAACAUCUCGAGACCAAGUUUUUAAAGCUGAAUGUGGAAAAAGCACCUUUCCUUUGUGAGAGACUGCGUAUCAAAGUCAUCCCCACACUCGCGCUCUUGAAAGACGGGAAAACACAAGAUUAUGUUGUUGGAUUUACUGACCUAGGAAAUACAGAUGACUUCACCACAGAAACAUUAGAGUGGAGACUCGGUUGUUCUGAUAUUCUAAAUUACAGUGGAAAUUUAAUGGAACCACCAUUUCAGAGCCAAAAGAAAUGUGGAACAAACUUCACAAAACUGGAAAAGAAAACUAUCCGAGGAAAGAAAUAUGAUUCAGACUCUGAUGAUGAUUAGAGUUCAAUUAUAAUUCUUUGUAAAUCAUCUAUUUAUUUCUGCUUUCUUCACAUUUCUGUUUGUUUUCUAAAUCCUAUUGAUUUUAAUAAAUUGGUCUUCUAACACUCAUA